AUGAAGUCAGAAUCAAAGGAAUCCGUCACCGCAUGCUCUCAGCUCAAGGCUUCAAGCUCUGCGGAUCUCGCCUCGACUUGUCCCGGCUCGGCCCAUGCCCAGUCCGGGCAUGCCAAGUCUUCCUGGGGCAGCCUCUUUGCCUUCACCCAGCGUACACAUGUCCGAGUCCUCCUCGCGGCAAUCGUGGCAUCGGGAGCCACCGCUGCCCUGCGAACUGCCUUGGCCAUCUUCCUCGGCCGCAUCUUUGACAUCGUUGCCGACCGCGGCAACGGGCUCCGAUCCGGUCCCAAUGCUCUCGAGGCUGUCUCCAGAUGGUGCCUGGUUCUGGUCGGCCUUGGCCUGGGCAACUGGCUUGCCAACGCCGCCUUUCUGGCACUGUGGACUCUCUUCGGAGAGCUUCAGGCCGACAGUGCUCGUUGCCGCGUCUUCCAAUCCCUGCUCACCCGGGAUCUAGCCUGGUUCGACAUGUUAGACCAGGGGACAUCUGGCCUUCUCGUCAGAAUACAAACACAGACACGCGAGCUCCAAGCCGCGACCUCACAAAUCUUUGGCUUCUUGGUUUGCGAUGCUCUGACUUCGUGUGCCUCUCUCAUCAUUGCGCUGUACUACUCGUGGAGGAUAACUCUGGUGUUACUCGCCACCCUGCCGCUAUCUCUCAUUGUCCUGUCUCUCGCCACUCGACAGCUCGAACCAGCCAUUCGAGCGCAAAAGGCCCAUCUGGAAAAGGCCACGAGGCUCACCACGGCGUCCGUCACCGCCAUCGACCUUGUCAAGGUCUUUAAUGGCUUCGACAGAGAACUGCGGCACUACCGCAACGCUCUCAGAUGGGCAAGAAGGCACUACCUGGUGCAAGCCCGAUGCAACUCGACCCAGAUGGGAUACAUUGCCUUCUGGGUCGUCGCAAUGUUUGUGCUUGGGUUCUGGUAUGGCAGCAUCUUGGUCAGGGAUGGGCUUCCGCCUGGCCAUGUCGUUACGACUUUUUACUCGACUUUGGCUGCUUUUCAGGGCAUCGAAGCGUUGGUUCCUCACUGGCUUGUACUUUCAAAAGGCAUGUCGGCGGGAAGCUUUCUGUCGUCAAUCGCCGCGAAACCAGAGACCUCGAGAUCCAAGGCGCUCGUCGAUACGGCCCCUCGGACCACCCGACUGGAGCACUGUGUUGGCGACGUGCAGCUUAAUAGUGUGAGCUUUGCAUAUCCUUCCAAUCCGGCAACGACAGUUCUCGACACGUCUUCCUUUGCCUUUCCGGCGGGACAGACCACCUUUCUUGUCGGUAAAAGCGGAUCUGGGAAAAGCACCGUGGGCAGCCUCUUGGCCAAGUUGUAUGAGCCCCUGGCCGGGCAAAUCCUCAUCGACGGGCGGCCCCUUGAACUGCUCGACGACAACUGGGUCCGCGAGAACAUUACCCUGGUACAGCAGUCAAGCAUUCUUUUCAGCGAUUCAUUAUUCAACAACAUUGCUCUCGGAAAUCCGAGCCCUGAAAAGGCUACCUUGAAAGAAGUCCUCGGCGCCUGCCAGGCAGCACUUUUGCAGUCAACGCUUGCCAGCCUUCCCCAAGGUCUCGAUACCCAGGUCGGGCCUCGAGGCUUCGAACUGAGCGGUGGGCAGAAGCAAAAGGUUGCCCUCGCUCGAGCGCGACUGAGGAAUCCGACAAUUCUCAUUCUCGACGAGAUCACCAGCGGCCUCGACCAAGUAGGUCGGGCACUGGUCAUGGACGCCAUCAGAGAGUGGCGAAGAGACAAGACGACCAUUAUCAUAACCCACGACACCUCCAACAUCGACGACGACGAAUAUGUGUACGUCAUGGAUAAUGCAUCCGUGGUUCGAGAGGGGUUCAAACGAGAUCUUCCUGAAGAUCAGAAGGAUCUCGUUCUUUCGUCCUACCAGCUGCACCAACACGCCGCGUACGGACGCGACCUGCCUAUCACGGCCUUCAUCCCAGGGCCUGCAGAGAGGCGGCGCUUUUCCGCCUUCAUCAAUAACAAGUUCUUUCCGGCACCGGAAAGGGAGCCAGAUGAUCAGAAGGGAUGCCCAACCAAUAUCGAGACCAGCCUAGAAGAAGACCCAUCAGAUACCUCUGGAGAAGACGACGUCGACUUCAUCUUUGGGGCUGCCGAGCGGCGAGAAAACAUACCAAGGCUGCGUCUGAGGGCCAGAGCCCUGGAAAGCGCCAACCCUCCCUUGGCGAGCCAAAAGCCGGCGGAGAAAGCUUCUCUCCUGUCAAUCUUGGCUACGCUUUGGCCGACCCUGGGACAAUUUGACAGACUGCUUCUUGUUCUCGGGCUCAUGGUCUGUCUCAUCGGAGCCGUGUCAACCCCGGCCUUUGCCUACUGCUUGGCACAGCUGAUGGGUGUCAUGUGGUCGUCUGGUGAAAAGGCUGCGGAGGGCCAGAAAUGGGCAAUCUGUCUCGUUGUAGUCGCCGUCACUGACGGUCUCUGCACGGGUGGCAGUCGCUACCUUCUGGAGAAUGUCGGCCAAGCCUGGGUUGAUGGCAUUCGCGUCCAGGCACUCGCCAGGAUUAUGCAGCAGCCCAAGUCGUGGUUUGACGGGACAAAUCACUCGCCCGGUCGCAUCAACGAGCGUCUUGAGAGAAAUGCGGAAGAGAUGCGAAACAUUGUCGGCCGAUUCGUUCCCAUCGUCGUCGUCGUGACCACCAUCAUGUCCAUAUCGCUCUUGUGGGCUCUGGCCACUUCGUGGAGGCUGACUCUAGUGGCCCUGGCACCUCUGCCUGUCGUCUUCGCCACAGUCAAGGGCUAUGCCUCUGUCAGCAGCGAGUGGGAGAGCAAAUGCAAUGAGGGCGCAGAAGACUGCAGCGCCGCCUUGACCGAGAUUCUCCUCAACCUCCGCGUUGUCCGAGCCUUGACCCUGGAGGCACACUUCGCCCAGAGGUACCGACAAUGUGCAAAACAUACGUUGCGUCUUGGCAUGAGGCGAGCAAAACACACCAGCUGGCUGUUUGGCCUGUAUCAAUCCAUGAGCUAUGCCCUCACGGCCCUCGUCUUCUACUACAGCACCAGCCUGCUAGCCCAGGACACCCACGCCGAUGUCGCGAGCGUGGUGCAGGUCGUCAACCUGCUGCUGUUUAGCAUCGGCACUUCAUCUGAGAUUCUCAACGGCAUUCCUCAACUCACGAUGGCACAAGCCGCAGCCGCCCCUUUGCUCGGAUAUGCAAACUUGCCUUUGGAUCGUCCUCGGCAGGGACAAGCGGCAACGGAGCUUGACAGUCCUCUUCCUUUACGAAUGCAUGAUCUGACCUUUUCAUACCCCCGUCGAGCCACGGACCCAGUCCUCAACGGAGUCUCGCUCGGGAUUGUGUCGGGAGAAUGCACAGUCAUUGUCGGCCAAUCUGGCUGCGGCAAGUCGACUCUUGUCUCCCUGCUGCUCGGCUUGCACGCGGCCCCCGAGCCGUCAGAUCCUGCCAAUGCUCCGCCUCUCAGCUUCGCGGGAGUCUCGUGCUCAAACGUCGACCUGCAGCACCUUCGCUCCACGAUGGCCUACGUUCCCCAGUCUCCAUUUCUCUUCCCCGCCACUAUAACCGAAAACAUUGCGUACGGGCUCGCCGAAGACUCACCACAUCGUCACAUCGCGAGCAUUGCACAGGCGGCACAAGCAGCAGGACUACACGACUUCAUCGCCUCCUUGCCCGAGGGUUACAACACCGUUGUCGGAGACGGCGGGCUCGCUCUUUCCGGCGGGCAGGCUCAGCGGUUGAGCAUCGCGCGAGCGCUCGUCCGGCAGCCCCGACUUCUUGUCAUGGAUGAGCCGACCAGCGCCCUCGACGCAGACAGCUCGCAGACGGUGCGCCGGACAAUCACGCGGCUGGUCCAACAGACCCGGACGUUGCCGGGCGGCAUGGCCGUGGUCUUGGUCACGCACAGCCGCGACGUGAUGCGGCUGGCGGACAGGCUCAUUGUGCUGAGCAACGGCAUCAAGGUCGACGAGGGCAGCUACCAGGCGCUUGCCCGGAAGAAAGGGCCCUUCUUAGAUCUCAUCAGCGGCGGACAGUGGGCGGGAGACAACGAGUGCAAUGUCGACGACUGCAAGUAG